AUGGCGGCGCCGGGGCCGGCGGGUCGCACCGCCCAGCGCGAGGAGCUCACCGGCUCGUUCGAGUCGGUGCCCGCCCAGGCGUCCGUGCUCCACGAGUCUCCCGGGGACCUGGGUGCCCCGGACCCGCCCGGCCAGGGCGCCGAGCCGCCGGGCCAGAGCCUGUGGGAGCAGAUCUGCGAGGAAUUUGAAGCUGAGCUGCCUCCCUUUCCAGAGGGAUAUAAUGUCAAACAGGAAGCUGUGAUCACUGUCUCGUCAUUUGAGGACCUGGUUUUCCAUGGCUUCAAUGCAGAGCAUCUUUAUUCAGUGCCUCAUCUGACCACAGACUCACAUCUACCACCCUGUCCUUCAGUUAGUUCAGAAGAAAUUCACCCAAAAACAUGUUCCCCCAAAGAUUAUUUGGAGACAUUCAUCUUUCCAGUUCUGCUUCCCGGAAUGGCAAAUCUGCUUCACCAAGCAAAGAAAGAAAAAUGUUUUGAGAGGAAAAGAACUAAAUUCAUUGCCUGUGAUUUUCUGACCGAGUGGUUAUACAAUCAAAAUCCAAAGAGGGCAGGGGAGCUAUUCACAGAAUUCUUCUCCAUUCCAUUUGUGGAGCAGUGGCUGAAGUGUCACCCACGGCAUCCAGUCCCACUCUCUCUCCUGCUGACGGAAGAGGAGGCAGCGGUUAUCAUUCAGUCCUUCUGGAGAGCCUAUCUGGUUCGCUGCAUCCCUGAGAUCCAAGAGUUGCGUCAGUGGCAGAAGAAACUGCGUGAGGACAAGCACAUUCGCCAGCGAGUCAAGAUUUUCUGGGCCAAACAAGAACAAAAAGCUUCAAGUUACUGCACAGUCACAGUAGAAAAAUUAGAAAAGUAGCCAAAGGGACAAGAAACCUGAAAUCCUACCACUGUUAAUAUUUUGGUGUACACCCUGCAACACUUUUCAGCUGAAGAGAUGUGCAUAAACAUAUAUUCAUAUUUUAUUAAAAGUGGGGUGAUUGACACGUGCUGGUAUAUUCUCGACCUUGUCUCCGGAGCUGACUUGGAGCAUCCAGUCGGGUCAACAGCCAGAGUAUUUAAGGACUGAUGUCAAGGACUGCGUAGUGAGCUCGCGGCUUUAUGUAUUAACCAAUAAUGUGGAGACAGAUUCAGGAUAUAAUAUCAACUGCAGAACCCUGAGUUUUCAGCCAUAUAAAAAAUAUACACAGGGGAACACAGAGCUGUCUAAGGGGCCGGGGAGAAUUCGUGGAAAUUGUUCCCUUUAGGAAUUUGGACUAGAGAGGAGGAGGGUGCGCUGUUGGAAUCCUCUAAAUAAUGGCACAUAGUCCUUUAUGAUUAUGAAAACCUCUGAAAAAAAUAGUUAAAUGCCAUUCAGUGUUGAACGAGUGAGUGAGUGAAUGGAGUUCUGAGGUGUAACUGAGCCAGCGUACAGCGUGCUGACAGUGCCUGCAGCCACCACCAAACUGAACCCCUUGGAAAGAAGCACCCCUUAAAAGGGUCCCUGAUAAAGGAGCAGCUUGAGCUGCAAUGGUUUGGUGGGCUCAGCCCAGGCCCUGUCCCCUAUGCAACUGCGUUUCAUUUUAUUUCAGAACUGGAAGACAAGCAAAGCUGGAAUCAGUUUAAAGUGCAGGCAAAGUGCAGACUAUUUAUUUCUAUUGUUAGCUGUUCUUUUGAGCUGAUUUGCUGCUGGUUGACUGAUUGGUUUGACUGGCCGUGGAGUAGGGAAAGUGGCCUGGAUUAAGCACCCAAAUCCAGCCAGCACAGAGGGGCAGUGAGAACACCCCCAUCUCAACCCCCUGCUGUUCACACCCUGGUGUCCCUUACUGCCUUGUGAAGGCUGUAGAAGGAGCAGUGCUUCCUGAACAGGCCAAGGUCUUCUGCAAAUGCCCCAGUGGACACACAGGCACAUUCCCCCUUAACGAUGAGACCACGAAAUGGCUCUCAGGCCUAAAAGCCCGAGUGCUGAACACUAUCCCCAGACCUGUGGUCGGCUACGACAUCAAGAUAGAUCAUGGGUAAAGAACUGGGUCCUACCUUUGAGUCCUUUGAUCUGUAAACUCUGAUCUGGUAAACUCCUUAAGCCUCAGUUUUCCCAUGUGCCACAUGGGACUAAUAAUAGUGCCCAACUCAUGUUGUUGAAAGCUUG